CAACAACACCGGCCGGAAGCAACAACACCGGCCGGAAGCAACAACACGCGGCCAAGCAACAACACCGGCCGGAAGCAACAACACCGGCCGAAGCAACAACACCGGCCGAAGCAACAACACCGGCCGGAAGCAACAACACGGCGGGCCGGAAGCAACAACACCGGCCGGAAGCAACAACACGGCCGGAAGCAACAACACCGGCCGGAAGCAACAACACCGGCGACACCGGAAGCAACAACACCGGCCGGAAGCAACAACACCGGCCGGAAGCAACAACACCGGCCGGAAGCAACAACACCGGCCGGAAGCAACAACACCGGCCGGAAGCAACAACACCGGCCGGAAGCAACAACACCGGCCGGAAGCAACAACACGGCCGGAAGCAACAACACCGGCCGGAAGCAACAACACCGGCCGGAAGCAACAACACCGGCCGGAAGCAACAACACCGGCCGGAAGCAACAACACCGGCCGGAAGCAACAACACCGGCCGGAAGCAACACACGGCCGGAAGCAACAACACCGGCGGAAGCAACAACACCGGCCGGAAGCAACAACACCGGCCGGAAGCAACAACACCGGCCGGAAGCAACAACACCGGCCGGAAGCAACAACACCGGCCGGAAGCAACAACACCGGCCGGAAGCAACAACACCGGCCGGAAGCAACAACACCGGCCGGAAGCAACAACACCGGCCGGAAGCAACAACACCGGCCGGAAGCAACAACACCGGCCGAAGCAACAACACCGGCCGGAAGCAACAACACCGGCCGGAAGCAACAACACCGGCCGGAAGCAACAACACCGGCCGGAAGCAACAACACCGGCCGGAAGCAACAACACCGGCCGGAAGCAACAACACCGGCCGGAAGCAACAACACCGGCCGGAAGCAACAACACCGGCCGGAAGCAACAACACCGGCCGGAAGCAACAACACCGGCCGGAAGCAACAACACCGGCCGGAAGCAACAACACCGGCCGGAAGCAACAACACCGGCCGGAAGCAACAACACACCGGCCGGAAGCAACAACACCGGCCGGAAGCAACAACACCGGCCGGAAGCAACAACACCGGCCGGAAGCAACAACACCGGCCGGAAGCAACAACACCGGCCGGAAGCAACAACACCGGCCGGAAGCAACAACACCGGCCGGAAGCAACAACACCGGCCGGAAGCAACAACACCGGCCGGAAGCAACAACACCGGCCGGAAGCAACAACACCGGCCGGAAGCAACAACACCGCCGGAAGCAACAACACCGGCCGGAAGCAACAACACCGGCCGGAAGCAACAACACCGGCCGGAAGCAACAACACCGGCCGGAAGCAACAACACCGGCCGGAAGCAACAACACCGGCCGGAAGCAACAACACCGGCCGAAGCAACAACACCGGCCGGAAGCAACAACACCGGCCGGAAGCAACAACACCGGCCGGAAGCAACAACACCGGCCGGAAGCAACAACACCGGCCGGAAGCAACAACACCGGCCGGAAGCAACAACACCGGCCGGAAGCAACAACACCGGCCGGAAGCAACAACACCGGCCGGAAGCAACAACACCGGCCGGAAGCAACAACACCGGCCGGAAGCAACAACACCGGCCGGAAGCAACAACACCGGCCGGAAGCAACAACACCGGCCGGAAGCAACAACACCGGCCGGAAGCAACAACACCGGCCGGAAGCAACAACACCGGCCGGAAGCAACAACACCGGCCGGAAGCAACAACACCGGCCGGAAGCAACAACACCGGCCGGAAGCAACAACACCGGCCGGAAGCAACAACACCGGCCGGAAGCAACAACACCGGCCGGAAGCAACAACACCGGCCGGAAGCAACAACACCGGCCGGAAGCAACAACACCGGCCGGAAGCAACAACACCGGCCGGAAGCAACAACACCGGCCGGAAGCAACAACACCGGCCGGAAGCAACAACACCGGCCGGAAGCAACAACACCGGCCGGAAGCAACAACACCGGCCGGAAGCAACAACACCGGCCGGAAGCAACAACACCGGCCGGAAGCAACAACACCGGCCGGAAGCAACAACACCGGCCGGAAGCAACAACACCGGCCGGAAGCAACAACACCGGCCGGAAGCAACAACACCGGCCGGAAGCAACAACACCGGCCGGAAGCAACAACACCGGCCGGAAGCAACAACACCGGCCGGAAGCAACAACACCGGCCGGAAGCAACAACACCGGCCGGAAGCAACAACACCGGCCGGAAGCAACAACACCGGCCGGAAGCAACAACACCGGCCGGAAGCAACAACACCGGCCGGAAGCAACAACACCGGCCGGAAGCAACAACACCGGCCGGAAGCAACAACACCGGCCGGAAGCAACAACACCGGCCGGAAGCAACAACACCGGCCGGAAGCAACAACACCUUCCGGAAGCAACAACAUAGGCUGAAGCUUAAAGAUAAUGACAGAAGGGAUGAAAUAGUAUUGGAACAACAGACUGAGUCACCCAAAGCAUGUGGUGUUCCACUAAAAAUUGUACUGAGAAGCUUUGCUGAAGUACAGGCAAUGGAAAGCUGUGUUGAUAAUUCUUAUCAAAGAUACAAUCUGGUACAAAAGUUAACUCCCAUGGCAGCCGGCAAGGAAGCUCAGCAGAGCACACCUGUAUUCCUGGGCGUGUGCGACCUGACUAUAGCAGCUUGUGAAGGUUUGAUCCUGAAAGGUCGCCCUGGAAGAAGAGCCCCAGUCUGCUUUGGAGAUGUUCCACAGAGAGGGG